ACGACAACAGAGGCAAUCGUCAUCAUAACUCAUAUUGGCGAGUUCAAGAAGCAAUCCUGGCAGUGUGCACUCCGACAAAUAAAUGCGUCCCAUCUUAUUCAUGCCUCCGUGUAUUUGGCCCCAUUUUCACCAAUCACAAGCCUCCAGGCACAGACCUUCUUCCAGCUUGCAACAAAGAACUCCAUUCAAAAGUUUCUGGAACCUAAACCUAUCCCAAGCCGAAAUUUUUUAAAAGGAAAAUAUAAAAUCCUCUCGGAAAAACAAAAUUUUCAUGGCUUUUCCCUCUAAAUCCAUCGCCUUUAUUUCCUUUCUUAUAUUAACAAUCACCGAAGUUUCUCAUUCCAUUCCCUUCAUUGUUCUCCAUGGGAUUGGAGAUCAGUGUUCCAAUCGUGGAGUCAAACAGUUCACUGAACUUCUCACCAACUUUUCUGGGUCUAAAGGAUAUUGCUUAGAAAUUGGAGAUGGGACAUGGGAUUCCUGGUUUAUGCCUCUGGAAGAACAGACAGCUGUGGUUUGUGAGAAGGUGAAGCAUAUGAAAGAACUGAGUAAGGGUUACAAUAUAGUUGGUCUGUCCCAGGGCAACUUGAUAGGUCGAGGUGUUGUAGAGUUUUGUGAUGGUGGACCUCAGGUAAAGAAUUUUAUCUCUUUAGGAGGGCCUCAUGCUGGUACUGCUUCUGUUCCUCUUUGUGGUUCUGGUUUUCUGUGCCUGAUUGCUGACAAGCUUAUCAAGUCAGAGAUAUACACCGACUAUAUCCAAGCUCAUUUGGCUCCGAGUGGUUAUCUAAAAUUACCAAACGAUAUAGUUCAUUAUUUGGAAAAAUGUAGAUUUCUUCCAAAGCUUAACAAUGAACUCCCUGGUGAAAGGAAUUCCACUUAUAAGGAAAGGUUCACUCGCUUGCAAAACUUGGUGCUUAUCAUGUUUGAGCAGGACAAUGUCUUGAUACCAAGGGAAACCUCAUGGUUCGGAUACUACCCAAAUGGGGCCUUCAAGCCCGUGAUUCAUCCUCAAGAGACAAAGCUUUACACAGAAGACUGGAUUGGUUUAAAGACCUUAGAUGAUGCUGGAAGGGUCCACUACAUUAGUGUCUCAGGAGGCCAUCUUGGAAUAUCCAGGAAAGACAUGAAAAAGCAUGUUGUACCUUACUUGAAGGAUCAAGCAUCAAUGGUGGAGAGCAUUCAAAGUAGUUAUGCCAAAGUGCAGGGAUCUCAUCACCAGAUCAGGCAAAGCCGCAAGAGAAAACAAGAGGUCCCUUGGUUGCAGGACAAAGCAUCAUCUGAAUUGAUACUUAAUGGAUCAUCAUACUACCGGUGGCCCUCGUCAGUCCAGAGCUUUUUCAGGGAAUUACUUGGACUUGCAAAAGAUUAGCCAUAUCUUUAUUUUUCAUAUAGAGUAAUACUUGAAUUGAAUUAUAGAUUCAAUAGAGGUCAUCAAAGAUCAUCUACACAUGGAAUUCAAACCUCAUAAUCUUACUGGCUUGCCCUUAAUGCCUACCACUGCAAUUUUACCAAAAAAUUCUGCCAACCUUUUCUCAACACAGGUUGGGCAAAUGUACUAUGAUGGGAAUCUGAACUUCAUAAUAUGAAUAGCCCUUGCAAGGAUAAACCUGAAUUAUUAGCAUCAUUAGAUGAAAAUUAUGUUUUCUACAAACCAUUUGGUGUCUGCAAUAAGCAUAAUACAAGGCAUUUACUCUGAA